GAGAUCAGACACUGCACACAACCUGAGUUUGUCAGGACACUGGCUGCAGUACUGCAAACAGUCGUGCCACAGUAUUUAGCAGUUGUAGUAGUAUAAUAACCUGUGCUUCAGUCAGUAUUGAUCAGUGAUCAGUGAUUAUUGAUCAGUGAUGGCCAAAUGGGGUGAAGGAGAUCCUCGCUGGAUCGUCGAGGAAAGAGCCGACGCUACCAACGUCAACAACUGGCACUGGACAGAACGGGACGUCUCAGGCUGGUCGUCACAGCGUCUCCGUCAGCUGCUGCUCGGGGUCCGGGUGGAGGGGCCUGAGGGGGUCUGUCAGCUGACCGACAUCAACAAACUGGACGGAGAAGCUUCCAUCAACAACCGCAAAGGGAAACUCAUCUUCUUCUAUGAGUGGCAGCUGAAGGCCAGCUGGCUGGGUACGUCCAGUGGUGGUGUGAAGUACAGAGGGACUGUUGAAGUGUCCAACCUGUCUGACGAGAAUGAUGUGGAUGACCUUGACAUCUCGGCGUCUCUAUGUAAAGACCAGCCCAACACGCCACUCCUCGACCUCAUGAAGAGGACUGGGAUUCCAGAGGUUCGCAGGGUUCUGGGCGAGUAUGUCCACCAGCUCAAAUCGGAGUUCAGUCAGGGAAUGAUCCUGCCCACCACCAACCAACUGAAACCACUUCCACCUGAGCUGAAGAACCAGAUCAAGACCAGUAAAACCCAGAUCAGCUCCACCCCCAAGCGUUCUUCAAGCCCUGCCAAUUGUCCUGCAGGUGUUCGCAUCCCGACCUGCAGCUUCAGUCUGAAGGAAACCUUUCAAACAUCAGCUGAUGAGAUCUACAGGACAUUCAUUAACCAGGAGUUUGUACAGGUGUUUACACGCUCUGCGGCGGUGGUGGACAGCUGUCGUGGAGGCAGGUUCCAUCUGUUGGACGGGAGCAUCAGCGGAGAGUUCACACAGCUGGUACCAGACCAGUGGAUUGAGAUGAUGUGGCGGUUCAGGACGUGGCCCGAUGAGCACUACGCCACUGUCAGUCUGGAACUGGUGGACCGAGGAGACGAGACUGAGCUCAGGAUGGAGUGUCGAGGGGUCCCUGCAGGGGAGAAGGACUCCACCAGGGAGGGCUGGACCCGGUUUUACUUUCAGGCCAUAAAACAAACAUUUGGAUACUGAGGGUCUGUGAGAUACUGAACCCUGGAGGAUGGGGGUCUUCACUGAGUCAUUGUGAGCAGCCAACAUAUCAGGCUUAGUUAAACAGGAACAAUCCAACAUUUCAUAAACCCCUUGUUCUCUGACUUCAGUGACACAUGGAGUCCCACAAGGAGGCGUCCUCGAGCCUCUGAUCUUUAGAGUAAACCUAGAGAUUUAAAGGAACAGUCCAACAUUUACAUUCUUACACUAGCUUAGAACAAAGACCUGAAGCACUAAUUGUAGUGUAGAAAAUAACCAAACAAAUGAAAAGGUUUUCCAACAUGUCAGACUGUGACUUUAAAAUGUGCAGUGUCCUGUGUCCUGUGAUGUCCUGUGCGACCCUGUUACUGUGAAUAAAUGACUGGCCA